AUGAACAAGCCGCGAAGCAAAUAUAAAGAUUACGAUGAGAGCUUACUAAACAUUGCUGUAGGUCUCGUCGAAAAUAAAAAUAUUACUUCAUACGACGCUGAGAAACAAUUUGGUAUCCCUCGCCGCACGAUUUUAAAUAAAGUAAAACAAAAACACACGAAAAAAGUCGGAUGUCCCACCAAACUGCCACCAGCUGAUGAACAGAAAAUAGUCAGUUGUUUAAUUCUUUGUGGAGAAUAUGGGUAUCCUAUUACUAGCUUUGAAUUAAGAUCAAUCGUACAUGAUUACUUAAUCAAAAAUGGACUCAGUAAUAUUUUUAACUACAAAAUGCCGGGUCAGAAGUGGGUAAGAAACUUCUUGAAACGCCACAAAAAUGUCCUGACGGUGCGUUCUAGAAAUAAUAUUAAAGAAUCCCGAGCCAGUAAGAGUGUAAAGGACUACAAUACAUAUUUUGAAAAUUUGAAGAUUUCAUUGCAUAAUGUCAAACCAGAUCAUAUAGUGAACUAUGAUGAGACCAACUUUUCCGAUAACCCAGGAUCUCAAAAAUGCAUAUUUAAAGCAGGUACUAAAUACCCAAACAAAACACUAAACAAUACCAAGACGGCGAUAUCUGUUAUGUUCUCAGCUACGGCAAGUGGAGAAAUUUUCCCACCAUAUGUCGUAUACAAAGCAGACAAUUUGUGGACAAAUUGGUGUGCAAACGGGCCUGAAGGAACCAGAUACAACAAAACCAAAUCUGGUUGGUUCGAUUCGUAUACUUUUGAAGACUGGUUUAAUACCAUAAUUAUCCCAUGGGCAGUGAAAACCACUGAUCCUAAGGAAGACGUGAAAGAAACACAUUCAACUAUUGCAGAUUCUUUGAUUAUAUAUAAUCAAAGUGUGGGUUAUACUUUUGACAAUGUCUCAUUACACGUUAGACGAGAUUCGUCAUCCGAUGCUGACAAUAACCAACUUAUGACUAAUUUGAUAGUAAAUGCUGAAAUACAUCAAAAACAUGGAGAUAUGGAAUUAUCUGACCAGAAAAAUACCAAAAGUAUUUACAACGUUCAACCAGGCGUUAUUGUGAAUGUUGAUAAAAAUUUAUGUUUAUCAAAUGACCGGACUUUAUUCAAAAAUAUUUCUAACUUUGGUGCAACUACAUCAAAUGAAACUAUGACGAAAAGCCGAAUUCUCUCCAAUGUAAUUAUAAAAUCCCCAGAUAGAAUCUCAUUUGAUGAUAGUGUUUCAGAUGACUAUACUAAGCAGGAAAAGGUGUUUCCAAAAAGUAGGAGCAAUCAAGGUUCGAGUUCAGAAAGCUCAGGAAUGUAUACUGUGCAUGAUUCGUCUUGUGAUGAACAUUUUCUUCCAUCUUUCAGUGACACGGAAACGUACAUAGACGAAAUGUAUGAAUAA